AUGUCGCCGUCGCCGAGCUUCGCUCCCUCCCUAUUCCGUGCAGCUUGUGAUGCGCCUCGAAGAUCGUCCCAUGCCGCUGCUCCUGCUGGGGCGCCAGCCUCACUGAUUCGCCUCACGGUCGUUGCUGCGGCCCUCCUCCUCCUCCAAUUCACUGCUGCUGGUGAGUCUGUUCUUGAGCUGAAGGCACAGCCAACGCCCGGUCAGCAGCCGUCCCCAAUCCGCCCACCUCUCUCCUCCUCCCCUCCCUUUUCCUCCUCUCCCUCCUCCUCCCCUCCCUCCCCAUCCACCUUCUCACCGUUCCAGCCUCUCCUCCUUGGCGGCCUUCAAGCCAACCUCACCCCCAUCCUCCUCCCCGCCUCCACUUCCCCAACUCCCACCACACCCACCUCCACCGCUCUCAAUCCCACAACAACUACUCUCACUCCUGGCUCCAUUGCCGCUGGUGCUACCCCUGGUAGUCUCAGUGGUGCAUCGACGCUGCCAAGUGGCGGCGCAUCAGUGGUCACGCUGCUUGUAAAUGCGGCUAAUGCGACGCUCGCAUUCGCCCUCCCCUGGGCGCAGGGGGCAGGGGAGAAUGUGCAGGCGGGGAUAUACACUGUCGGCGAUAUGCUCAAUGCGUCGUCCCCUCGUCUCGUCCUUCCACUCAUGGGCAUCACUGCCAACUCUACCCCUCCUGCUGCUGCCUCUGCCACACGUGCCACGUCAGCAUCCUCCUCGUCCUCUCCCCUUGAUCCCUUAACUGCAGCAGCAGCAGGUGUGGCUGGUGUAUUGGGGGGGCUAGGAACAUCUGCUGCAGGUGUAAUGGCAGGCCUGGGUGUAACAACAGAACCAGGUGUUACUUCAGGUGCCACAGCAGGACCCCAAGUCACUGCAGGGGCAACAGGAGCAGCCAGGGCAACAGGGACAGGGGAAGGCUUGGGAGCAACUGCAGCAAGUACAGCACCAGGGACACAAGCACCACGCAGGGGUUUGUCUGGAUCCGUGUCAAAUCCUGUAGCUGCAGCAGCAGGGGCAGCACAGGGGGCAGUGGGUGGAGCGGUGGGGGCAGUACAGGGCGUGGUGCGGAGGGGUUCGGGGUGGUUAUGGGGAGCUGUGCCGGUGCCAGGAGCAGCGCUGGUGAAUAUCCUGAGGGAUCCGGGCCAGUAUCAGCUGCGUCUUUCUGUUGGGACUGGUGCAGAUGUGGCGUCCUUUGCUGGUCGUCUCGUGUCCGUACCUAUCGAUCUGGCUCGAAGCAUCCCCUUCCUUGGAUCGCUGAUUCCUAAACCUCCUCGGUUUCCUUCCCAGCCCAGUCUUGGCAUCCCUGACCCCCAGUCCCUCAUCUCACUUGCGACUGCCAUUCGUGAAAGCAUCGCAUCACUCCCACAAGCUGCUUGUAAGUUAGACGAGGAAAACGCGUGUUUACGCGAGUGCGCGGUUUGCUUGGGUGACUAUGACGAAGGGGAACGGAUAAAGCUGCUUCCGCCGUGCGGCCACCGCUUUCACGCGGACUGUAUUGAUCUGUGGCUGUCGUCGAAAAGCACGUGCCCGAUCUGUCGCAAAGACCUUCGUCCGGCUGCGGUAACGGCCGGCGAAACGUGCGAAAAGGGUUCACGAACCCCGCGAAGAGUGAGCGAAUCUGCCGAGUCUGGAGAGCGAAUCGUCACGAUCGUCGUGCGCGAAGAGAGCGGGGUUGUUCCUGACGGUGAUAACGAUAGGUCGCCGGCUCAAUUAGAAGCUGUGAUUUUGCGAAGAGACGGCGACAUUGGCGUUGAAGUAACUGCGGUCGUGGCAGCUGUCGCAUAG